AUGGAGGUUGGCUCGGUUGAAACCGACCAGCCGCAGAUUCGAAAAAUCGCUUUGGCCAAAAGGCAUGCCGAGUUAGGAGCCGCCAUCGCAGCAUUGGUCAAAAUCAAGAAACGAACUCCAGAACAGGAUGCCGAAAUGGCAGAACUACGCGGCCAACUAUUUGAGAAUAUGUCUAUGAUGUCAACACUUCCCGCCGGUCAUCCCGAUCAAGUCAACCAGGGGCCUCGUCGGAAACGCCAACGCACACCACUGACCCGAGCCGAGAAAACCGCAUUAUCUGAGCAACUACUUGAGGCUCGCAUCCCAUUCUUCCGCCACAAAGCCCCUCGUGACUGGUUCGCUCCGGAAGUGAUCGACGAAUUGAUGGAUAAGACGGGAACUGAAAAAUUCGAGGUGAUGCUUGAAUUUCUCGGUUGUUGGGCUGAAAUUGUUGAUAAGCGAACUCCUCGGGAAGCUCCAAAUGCCACAGCGGAUCCAUCGGAGCCAAUGGAGAGCGAGUCCGACCCAGGCCCAACCGAACCAACUCCAUCUAUCCAAGCACCAGCGCCACCUCCAGCGCCUCAACUACCACCACCUCCCCCUCCACCCCCAAUCGUAGCUGUUGCUCCAGUACCUCAAGAUCCACCACCAGUCGAUCCCUCGGGACGUCGUCGCCCACGCAAGGGCAAUCCAGUACGCCGCCUUUUCGGUCCAACCCACAAUAUGCCACUGUCCAUGUCGAGCUCCUCUGAAUCGCGUCCAAAU